GACGUUAUGAUGCGUCGUCACUGGUCUGGCCACGCCCCCAUCUUUACUCUACUUACCAAGAGGAAGAACACGUAGCGCUGUCUAUACCUCUCAGACCUACGAUGGACAACGUCUUUGUUUGAAAAUAAAUUUAUUUUAAUUACAAUUGUUCAGGCCCACCAUUUAAAUCCUCAAGGCAAAUAUGCUGUCACAGAAACUAACUCCAAACUACGGAACCAGCUUAGUCCAGACCUUUUGGUUUCACAGCCCUCAAAAUGGAGGCGAAGAGCGAAACAUGGACUUCCACUCCGAAGGUUCACACACCACGACAGAGGGGGCAUUGCCUCUAAUGGCGACGUUCAAAAGCGGAGACGAACGUAAACCAAGACCCACGGAACUAGGAAGGGGCAGGCUGGUGAACAAAUCGCAAGACGACCAAGAAGGAGACGGUUCGCUGCCUUGCACUCCGGAACUCCAGUCCGAAGUAGACACGGACAGCCAGGCGGGGGAAGAGGUGUUGGAUAACGACACCAAGCGAGUCAUUCGCACUUUUCUCAGGGACUAUGCAGGGGCAUCAAAAGCUAAAAGGACAAGACAAGACGAGGUUCAAGUGACUAUGAGAAGAGUUGUAGACGGCGUGCUUGAAAAACACCAAUACGCAUACAAGGGUAUGAUCCAGAAAUUGGAAUUGGACGGCCGAGGGGAAGACAUGAGUUUUGUCACGUCUGUGGCCAAGAGUCUCUUCGCAGACAGCACAACAAACUGGGGGCGUAUCGCCAGCCUGGUGGCCUUCGGAGCAGCGUUGUGUCAGUACCUAGAGGCCAGGGGUAAAGAAGGCUGCGUGUCGCUGGUGGCCGAGGAGAUUUCCUCAUACCUCCUUUCAGACCAACGGGAAUGGUUGGUCAAAAACAACUCAUGGGAGGGCUUCGUAGAGUUUUUUCGAGUGUCAGACCCUGAGACGACAGUGAGAAAUACACUCAUGGCCUUUGCUGGAUUUGCUGGUAUUGGUGCAACAAUUGCCCUACUAAUCAGGUGAAUUUGGGACUCAAAGACUUGAGAAGUUAUGCCUUUUUUUUUUCAACAAAAGACACAACUACAUGGACAUAUAUGGACAAACAAAAUAUGUUGUAUAUUUCCUCAUUUUGCUAUUUAUUUAUUUUUUGUGAUUUACUAAAUAAAAUUGCUAUGAUAUGCGCCUAUGCAAAUUGUUGGAGAAUUACGUAAUUAGCCAAUAAGAAAUAUUUGUGAGAAUAUGGGUGAUUGUGUGUCGUGUCUAGGUCAGAGGGCCAAGUCUCCAGGGAGAAGAACAGAAAUUUACCCCAACAGACGUAAUUAACUGGCACUGACGAGAUGUUGGCCCACUUCCUUCCCGGUUAUGGAAAUACUAUGGGUUAGAUCUGCAUUUAGAAAAAUAACCAGCACAGAAAGCCCCCUGUGGCUGGCUUCUGUGCUACAAAUGUGUUGACUGGGGGAGAAUGACCAAAAACCGGAAUAAAUGCAGAUUUGUACCUUUUUGUUUGUAAACGCUGAGGGCCCGCACACCUGUAGUAUCUAGCUGAUGCAGAAAUGUUAUUUAAACAUUCCAGUCACUUGUAUAGCUUGCACCAUUGACAAAUAUGUCAAUAAAACUAUAAAUGUUGCCUAGUCUGGCCUUUUAUACGUUCUACUUUGACACAGUGAUGCAUUACAGUGACCUUAACCCUAUGUCAGAUUCUGUUGAAAUUGUGGUAUUUCGAAGAAGUUGUGCAGCUAUUUCCGCGAAGUCAGACAACACCCACAGCAUCACUCAACCACAUGCAUUUUUUGGGGGCAUUUUGCAAAACAGCAGCUUACUUCAACUUGCAUUUCAACUAGAGGAUGCACAAUGCUGUUGCUCAACCUGCCCUAGCUAUACGAUUGGGGAAAUGGGGUGACAAGCAUUCGUAACAUCCGCCCAAAUGUUUUUACUAUCACUUCACGAUUUGUGUUACCUUUCUGUUUGGCGAAACAAAAUAGAUGCAAGACUGGGUGCAGCUGCUGGCAGGGCCAAUGCCAAGCAGAUAUAAAGGGUGUAAAAAUCGGUUUAAGAAUGGGCCCAGCUGUUGGGUUGCUAAAAGUAAUUGCUGGCAGAAGAAAUGCAACCAAAGCACAAGUCUUCAUUUGACUAUUGGCUGGCGUAAAUGACGUAUCCUGCAGUAUUGCCUUUGCUGGCAUAUACAGGCUUCCUUUCCGUCUGUCAGCCAACAUAAUAUAAUCAAGUGUCUAUUUGUAUAUUAAGAUAUUUUUUUAUUUUGGCCUUGGUUAACUUUGGGGUGUUUACAAAGAAAAAAGGUCAUACAUGGAGAAGUUCUUGAGAGUUGAUGAUAAGGGUACAGCUGGAUAUGUUGUGGUGUUGAUGCACACAUUAUAUGGCGCUCUCACCAUGUGUCUGGCACUGAUAGUGUAUGGGGAGAUUAGUUGUUGCGGUCACCCAAAAAGCCUCGGACCGGUGAAGUUGCAAGUGUAAACACUAGAGGGUCAGAUGAAGGCCUCAUCCUAGAGGUGCUUGACUCAUGUCAACUUUUAUGUUAUACUUAGGUGUGUGAUUGGUAGGGGUGGAACAGAUCCUCAAGCUGGUUAUAGUGCCCCUUGGCUUCCCAUGAGGCUUCCUGUAUGCCUGAGUGCCCUUCAGAUGACUGUAAUGUUAAUCAAUAAAUUCAAGCUUGUUCUA